UUUUUUCUUUAACAGCUAUUAUGUAACAAAUUUAAUAGGAUAAAAUGUUUAUCCCUUUUAAUGAUUUCAUUGUUUAAUUUAAUUUUGUUGCUCCCAGACUUUGAAUUCUUGCUAAAAAAAAUUGUUUCAUACAUUUUGUUAUUGAAUUUUUCCCAAUAUGAAAUUACUUAAAACGAAAAUUGCUAACAAAUAUUUUUGUACAUCUGCUAUUAGACGUUUAAGUUUUGUACAAAAUAAUCGCAAAAAUAAAAUCAAUUUUAAAAAAGCUGAACAAUUUUCAUCGAAAAAUGUUAGAGACUUAUUUCUUAAAUACUUUGUCAACGAAAAGAAUCACACAUAUGUGCCAUCUAGUCCUGUAUUUUUGAAUAAUGACCCUUCUCUGCUAUUUGUAAAUGCAGGGAUGAAUCAGUUCCGGUCUUUAUUUCUAAAUAAAACAUAUCCAGGUCAUCCAUUUCAUGAUCUAAAAAGGGCUGCAAACAGUCAGAAAUGUGUCCGUCUCAGUGGGAAACAUAAUGAUCUAAAAGAUGUUGGUGUUGAUCUUUAUCAUCAUACUUUCUUUGAAAUGCUUGGAAACUGGUCAUUUGGUGAUUAUUCUAAGGCAGAUGCUUGUAAAAUGGCUUGGGAACUUUUAACAAAUGUUUAUGGUUUAAAAUCUGAAAAUUUAUAUGUAACUUACUUUGGAGGAGAUAAAUGUCUUGAAGUACCUCCUGAUGAAGAAUGCAGAAAAAUUUGGCUUGAAAUUGGGGUUAAUCCAAAUCAUAUUUUUCCUUUUGGUGCCAAAGAUAAUUUUUGGGAAAUGGCUGAUAAAGGUCCCUGUGGACCUUGCACUGAAAUUCAUUAUGAUUUUUUGAAUUCUAGUCCUGAAAUUGUUGCUCAGAAAAUUAAUACUGAUACUCAUGAUGUGAUGGAAAUAUGGAACUUGGUUUUUGUUCAGUAUAACAGAGAAAAAGAAAAUAUAUUGAAAAGCAUUCCAACACUCAAUGUUGAUACUGGAAUGGGUCUUGAAAGACUUACAGCAGUUCUUCAAGGGACUAGAUCUAAUUAUGAUACUGAUUUAUUCACUCCUCUAUUUGAAGCUAUUGAAUCGAAUUUUAAAGUUAGACCAUAUUUAGGUAAAACUGGUAUAGAUGAUACUGAUAGUUUGGACACUGCAUAUAGAAUAUUAGCAGAUCAUUCUCGUAUGUUCAGUGUAGCUAUUGCUGACGGAGUUUUUCCUGAUACUUAUGAUACAGGCCAUGUUUUAAGGAAAAUAAUAAGAAGAGCAGCUUAUACUGCAAAUCGAGUGAUGAAGACUCGUCCUGGUGCUUUGAGUUCUUUAGUGCCUUAUGUGGCUAAAACCUUGGAUUUUUAUCCUGAAAUUGACAAACAUAUUGAUGAGAUUAUUUAUAUUGUCAAUGAUGAAGAAAAGGCAUUUCAUCAUGCUAUAAAUAGAGGUAGAAAAGCAAGAAAUAAAAUGAUUUCUGACAGUCCUUAUAGAAUUUUAACUGGACAGCAAGCAGUGGACCUCCAUGAUAUUUAUGGCUUAGAAAAUAACAUUAUACAAGAUUUAGCAAAUGAAGUGAAUGUAACCAUUGAUUGGAAAGAUUAUGAAAGAGUUAGAGAAAGGAAGUUACAACAAGCGUAUAGUCAACAUGAAGAAAAGUCAAGUGAAGUUUCAAAACUGAUUAAUGAUCUUACCAAGAAGAAUAUUCCUCUAUCUGAUGAUUCAUUUAAAUAUUGUUAUAAUACAGAAAAAAAUAUAUUUGGAGUGAAAAGUAUUUCAGCUAACAUUUUAGCCAUUUUCUUUGAAAAAGAAAUGGUACCAGAAGCUAAAGAAGGAGCUCAAUGCAUUUUGGUCUUAGAUAAAACUAAUUUCUAUUCUGAAGCUGGGGGACAAAUUUCUGAUGUAGGAAAUAUCUAUAAUAAGGAUUUUAAUUUUCAUGUUGAUAAUGUGACAUCAUCUCAAGGAUAUAUUUUUCAUCAUGGGAGAGUAACAAAAGGGAAAAUGACAAGCAAUGCUGUGAUUAAUCUGGAUGUGGACCAAAAACAUCGUUUGUCUUGCUCUCAGAAUCAUACAGCUACUCAUAUUUUGAAUGCUGCAUUAAGAAAAAUUCUUCCAUAUACAGCACAACGUUCAUCUCAUGCUGGUCCGUCUCAUUUGAAGUAUACCUUCAGUGCUAAGGAAUCUUUAACAGAUCAGCAACUUGAAAUUAUUGAAGUAUAUGCCAAUGAUAUGAUACAGAAGAAACUGGAUGUUUUCAGGAAUGAAGUACCAUUUGAGGAAUUGCUGACUUAUUCAAACACAAUUUUACUGCGUGGUGAAGAAUAUCCAGAAACUGUUUCAGUUAUAUCCAUUGGCAGUGCAGAUUGUAAAGAUGCUGUUUCUGUUGAACCUUGCUGUGGAACGCAUGUGCAUAAUACAGCCGAUAUUGAAAGUUUCGUCCUUAUCCCAGCAAAAUCCCAUGGUAGUGGAGUAAAAGUUUUGAGUGCUGUGACUGGAGAUAUUGCAUCUGUUGUUAAAGGAAAUGGAAAAAGUUUGUGUGCAAAGGUUUCAGAUCUAAAACAAAAGAUAAAUGAUGCUCUUGAAAAAUCUAAUGUAUCACUUGAUACAUAUUUAGAUUUAUUGAAGCAAGUAAAAGCUCUCAUCAAAGAAUGUCAAACAAAAUAUGAUGCCCCUUUAAGAGAUCUGAAGAAAUCCGAAGCCAUUUUGACUGAUCUGAAAUUACAGCUGAAUGAUUUUAUCAAUGCUUCUUCCAGAACUGAUAUGAACCUGGAUGCCUCUGGGAUGCUAAAUCAAGAGCACAAAGUUCAUCCACAAGUUUUAAAGGAUCUUAAAGCUAAGAAAAUUCCACCUACAAAUGAUACUUUUAAAUAUGAAUACUGGGAUAAAGGAGUAAAAUCUAUUUCUGCCAGAGUGGCUGCUGUUAUUAGGGAGAAUCAAUUAGUAGAUUGUGUUGAGAGAGGCUUAAAUUGUCAACUGGUGUUAGACAAAACUAACUUUUAUGCAGAAGGUAAUGAUCAGGCUUGUGAUGAAGGGAUAAUAACCUGUGAGGAUUUUGUUAUUAAAGUUAACAAAGUUUAUGAAGUCAAUGGAUAUGUUUUCCAUGAUGGCUAUGUUGAAGAAGGAAAUGCUGUUGCUAAUAAAAUAGUUGAAUUAGCUAUAAAUGAAGAGCAUCGGUUAGCUUGUUCUCAAAAUCACACAGCUCUUCAUUUAUUAAGUAAAGCCAUGAAAAAUGUAUUACCAUAUUUCUUUCCUCUUUCUGCAAAUGCAGGGCCAAAGGAUCUGUCUCUUUAUUUUACUUCUAAGGGUAGUAUUAGUGAUGAUCAAUUGAGAAUUAUUGAAAAGAAUGUGCAAGAAAGUAUUCAAGCUAAACUUGAUGUUUCUCAGUCUAAAAUGCCUGUUGAGUCUUUGAAAGAAGUGCCACCUUGUAAAGCUGCUCUUAUCAAAGAAUUUGAGGAGCUUGUUCCUGUUGUUACAAUUGGUAAAUCUGAUGAUACCAGUGCUCUCAAAUCUAUUGAACCUUGCUGUGGCACUCAUGUGAAAUCAACUGCAGACGUUGGUUCUUUUAUUAUUAUUUCUCAGAAGAAUACUAAAAACAAAGAAAGGGUUAUCCGAGCAGUGACUGGCAAGCAAGCAUUAGCUGUUGAAAGAGAUGGUCAGAUUUAUGAUAAAGAUCUUUCAGAAUUGGAAGAACGGGUUUUAGCAUGUUUAAAGAAACCAAAGAGAGAUGUAUUAGAAUUAUGGGAUUGCUUAAGAGAAGUUAAAGAAGCAAAAGUAUAUCAUGAAACAGAAUUGCCUUUACUUCUCUUUCGAGAGCAUCAAGCAAAAUUGACUGAGCUUACAAAACAAUUGACAAAGGCCACAGAUGACUUUGUACAAAAUGGGUUUAGAGAGGUUAAAGAUGAAAUAGAGGAUGUUUUAAAAAAGUUCUCUGAUAAAAAAUUCAUUAUUUAUCAUUUAUCAUCCAUUGGAGAUGGAAAGAAAAUCAUAAACUAUGCCAUUGAAAAGUCAACAGAAAAACCUGCUCUCUAUUUUGCAAAGGAUGGACAUAAGUCAGUUGUCUGUUCCUGUUCUGUACCAAAGUCACUCGUAAGUUCAUCAUUUUCUGCUUUACUGUGGAUUAAUCCUGUUGCUUCAGUAUUAGAAGGUCAAGCAAGGACGCUUUUCAAAGAUCCAGAAUUGUUUUACUCUGUUAUAUCUAAAAGGAUAGACAAGAUUGAUGAAGCAGCUACUGUAGCUAAAGACUUUGUUGAAUCACAUUUGAGUAAUAAGUGAUAUUUUUAUUAGUAUUAAAUUUUAUUUAAUCUGUUAUGUUUCAAAUACUUUAAUAUAAGUCUUAUACAUAAGCAGAGACACUCGAAAAAAUUUAUCAGCUUUGUUUUCAAAUACCUUCAUUUAUUUCGCUAGAAUAAAUGAAUGAUAGAUGUAGUAUUAUCAUAUUCUGAAGAGGAAAGAGAGAAAAAAAACUAUUGAAUGAAUCUGAUGAGAUGAUAGUUUGAAAAAUCCGUUGAUAUAACAUUUGACAAUAUUGUAUUGUUCCUACG